AAGUUUACAUCUCAAAUUUGUAAUGGCGUUCGAUAAUUUUGAUAAAGAUUUCAUCGGAUGCGACACACACGAUAAUUAUGAGAUUCGAAUUUAUCAGUCGUUCUUUUACCACUUACCAUAUAUGUGCAGUCACUUUCCCGUUGUGAAGAUGAAGAGAAACCUAUAAAGCGGCUGGGUGUCGCAAAUCAACCGUAAUAGUCCGAAAAAAGAAUUUCCUGACACAAAUUAUUUUCACUCUUUCCUUUGGAAAAUAUUUUUUUAUGUUUCCAGCCUUCCAGCUCCAGAGCCGCCAGCGUUUCUUCACUUGUAAGUGACGGCAUCUGACGGUGAAUAACACAAAGCGCGAUUAGCGCGAGAACGCGAUCGUAGCGCGCAUAUCGUUCCGUCUCGUUGGAGUAAACACGAAGCACACGAAGCGGAGGCGCCGCGCUCGCACACCUCGUGCGUGCUCGCUGGCGCUCGCGGUCGUUUUCGUAACAUCGCGUGAGAAUUUUCCCGACUCGAGCGACGGGGUAUAAACCGGGUAAAGAGGACGGAAAAAGUUAAAGCUCCAAGACGCUUCGUGUCCAUUCGCAUCGCGUCGCGCGUCGUGUCCGCUCGAAGGGUGGUCGCCGAACGACGGACGGCGAUCGAGACGAAAACGACAACGACGGCGGCGGCGGCGGCGGCGGCGGUGGCGGCGGUAGCGGUAACGGUAGCGGCGGCUGCGGUUAUCGGCAGCAGCGGUGACGGUGACAGCUUUCGCGUUGUUACCGCGAGACGCGUAUCGCGGAGACGCUUAAUGUGCCUGGAGCGAGCGCCGCGUGGUACGCUCAAAGCGGCCGCGGAUGCCCGCGGCACUCGCGGCAGCCGCCGCGACGGCGGCAUCGGCGCCACGAGCGCGAUCGCGCCAUCCAGAAGAUGUCAAACGUCGGCUCGGACUCGCUAUCCGAGCGACUCGUGAACGGUGAGAGGAAGAGCAUCGACCGCAUCAGCCGCAUCAACGCCGCUCGUGUCGUUAGCGCUACCGGCACCGCUGUCACCGACAACGGAGUCGGAGCGAGAGGAGUCGGAGGCGGAGGCGGAGGCGGCGGCGAGAGCCGCCGCAGCUGCGUGGGCGGUGGGGUGGUGUGGUGGUAGUGGGGGGGUAAAAAUAAUCAUAAUCAUAAUAAUAAUAAUAAUACUGCUAUCACUGGUAACAGUGGGGUAGCGGCCGUUGUUACCGGCGGCGUUAUCGGUGGCGCCGUGAACGGUCCUCGCGACGUAACGUUCGACGCUCGCGACACGACGCCAGUGAAUUUCUACCGCGAGACUACGAUACAGCACAUUUGUGGCGGCGACGACGGCGACGGCGACGACGACGAUUGUCGUUGCUACGUAUACGCCGCCGACGCGUUAUCGUCCUCGCUGACACGCGUGUCCAACGGAGGUGGAUGUGACUACGACGACGACGACGACAUCGUUGAUACGGUCUGUCGCGAGAUCACGCUGAAUAAUAGUGCCGGGGCCGAGACGACGACAACGACGACGACGACGACGACGUCGCUGCUGCCGCCGCCGCCGCCGCUGCCGCUACCGCUGCUACUAGACGCCGGUCGUAUCGACGCAAGAAACAAAAGUAUCAACAGUAGAAACUCUACAAACGCCGCCACUGUCGUUAUUGUUGACGUCGCGCCGUCGUUUCACGACGACGACGACGACGUCGACGAAGGAGAAGAAGAGGAAGAGGGAGAAGAAGACGAAAAUCGUCGCCGCUUCUUCAAACGAAUUCGCGACACCAUGGUCGCGGCGAUAAACGACCUGUCCAACGCAACGACGACGACAACGUCUUCACCGCCGGCGGUGGCAAACGCCGUCCGCGCCGGCAGCAACACUCUCGCAAUGUCAUCGUCAUCGUCGUCGUCAUCCUCGUCCUCAUCGUCAUCGUCGUCGUCGUCUUCCUCCUCGAUAUCGUCGACUAUGAUGACGGCGACCAUCACGAAUGCCGGCGGGGGGGGCAGCGGCGGCGGCGGCGGCGGCAACAAUAACAAUCCUUCCGCUACAAUCGGGAGCGGUGCCAACGGCAGCAACGGCGGUGGCUGCACCAGCGCGCGCAACAAGGAGUUUCAAGAGGUGGACGGCGAUGGCAAGAGUACGACCAUCACCACCAGCAGUAGCAGCAGCAGUAGCACCACUACCGCUGCCGCCGCCGCCGCUGCCGGUAUCCUCAGUUUCCCAUGCGAUUUCGAUCAUAUGUACGCCAGCAUGACCGACGGUGCUGCGCCGGCUGCCGCGACGGCCACCGUGGCCGCCACCGCGCUCGGCGUCAGUCCGCUGCGCGGCAAUGAGCCCCGUCACAAUGAUCUCACCGAGGUCAAGCACCUGAAGGAGCUGCUGUUGCUCCACCUCGACCUUAUUCAGCAGCAGUCCGAGCAGAUCGUCACCAAGGACAAGCUUCUCGCCGCGCUGCGCCAGGAAAACGAGACGCUGAAACUGCGUUUGGAGCGUAUGGAAAGGCGAGUGAGCCUUCAGAAGCUGAGAACCGAGUGUAACGAGAAUUCUGCCGGCCCGGACCAUUUAGGCGCCUGUUCGCCCACUAGUGUCAAUUCGGUCAAUGUACCUUCGACCAGUGAGCUGCACAGAAAUAACCAGUGCGAGAGUAGCAACACCUUGCACGAGAGCUUCAAGAUACGUUUAAACACUAGCGGCGGUAUCACCACUGUCAAACAAGAGCCGCACGAUAAUCAAAUUAAACUGGAAGUGAAACAAGAGGUGAACAACGAGGCGAGGUUUGAGUGGGAGGAGAAAAAGAAGAGACGAUCUGAUCCAACUCCCUUGUCUGCGGGUAGUAAAAAGAAAAGAGGGCUCUCUUGUUCGUCCACUAUCAGUAACGAUGGAAUGCAAGAAAAGAUAUUAAAUCAGACUUUACAUGAUGCGAGUAGAAAGAGUGACAGGAAGGCGAAAUCUCUUGUGAAGAAGGAGUCCUUUCUCACAACAGAGGAACACUAUUAUACAGCUGUAGGAGAUCCAAAUUAUACUUUAAAUUUGAAACAAUUUAGCCCAGGAGAACCGAGUAAUUCGUUAGAAGUUCCAAAUUGGAGAGUAAGAGUGUAUACCAGUUGUUAUACAAUGGAGGGAACUGAGAACUUGGAUGAUGAAAUUUUUAACAAAAGACACUUGAAGUUGGAGAAUGACGAAAGGAGAAGAAAGCGAUGGGAUGUACAAAGGAUAAGGGAACAAAGGCAUAUAGAAAAGUUAAAACAACGACAGGAACGUCAAAAUCAUCAAGCUACGUGCUAUAAUACUAAUCAUACUGGUCCUUGUCCCUCAUCCAUGGAAGAGGAAACCAUAACGUCCUUGUGGCCUGAUAUAGAACAAAUUCAAACUCUUCAAGUAGAUCCUCAUUUGCCAGUAACUGCAUUUGGCGCUCCUAUUCCUAGUUUCACACCAAGUGAGUUCUCCAUACCUUGGUCAAAUAUAACGCGAAUAAAGUGUCGACGUCCUAAACGUUCCACAGGUAGAAGAAAAUCUACAGGUAGAAGAAAAGUUUAGAAGAUAUAAAUUUUUAUAAAAGUGAACAGAACUGAUUUUAUUGGCAUCGUCAAUUUAGGAAAAAAAAAACUUGAAAAUACUACUGUUUCCCCUCCAUUCUGUCACGCCAUAAUUGAAAUAGCAUUUUUCAUUACAAAAUAAGGGCACCAAAGAUAUUUUUAUCAACUUUUUAAACAUGCAAUAUAGUAUAGUUUAUUUUUUCUACAUUUUUAUUUAAGUAAUUUCAUCGUCAACACUUGUUUGAUACAUUUACAUUUUGUACUCGGUGUUGGUCAUUUUAUUUAUGUAACUGAGUAGCUAUCACACGAUAUAACGAAAUAUCAAUCCGGCAUAUUGAACAUUUUUUCAAUUCCAGACGUGAUUUCUGUUUUAUUUUCAGUGAGUUGACAAUAUUGAUAUUUGCAAGACUUUUUGACUGCUCCAAUUAUUUGGAGUACUUUAUAUUAUUUUUGUAAUUUAUUCUUUGCUAUUCAUUAUAAAAAAAAAAAAUUGUUAACAGAACUACCAUGUACAUUGAUAAUAUACAAUUCGUAAAAAUAUAUAUGUAAAAAAAGAUGUUACACAACGGAAGAAUUAUAAUGAAUUUUUUAAUUUUGUGUAGCCUUUUUUGAUAUUUUAUAAAUUCUACAUUUCUCAAUAAUUUAACAUUACAUUAAAGGAUAAUUAAUAUUCUUGACACUGUCACAAAUAAAUCGCGUUUAAUUAACUCCCAAAUUUACAGUACAAAUGUAUAGAAGAUUCAGAAAAUGCGCUUCCUCUCACUAACAGAUUUUUUGACGAAAUUAAUAUUUCCUUCGCGAAAAUUUGAUGGCCUAAUGAAAUGAUUUUUACAUGGAUUUUUCGCGAAGAAAACAUUCACGUAAAAAAAUCUGUAAAAGAAACUAGAUCUCUCCAUUUGAUACAUGUUGUACACCUAUUGGAUUACAAGUAAAAUUGUAAGCAAUAUCAGUAUAACGCCUGCUACUCUUGCUCCUACGCGUAUUAAACGCGUCAACUAAAUGUCAAAAUCCGAGAAACAGGUGGAGAAAUUCCACCUCGAACAUCAACUGUAAACUAUUGUAAACGAACGUAAAAUCAAUGAUGUCGAGUGAUUAACCUAAUUUUUAUCAAUCCGAGGUACAAAACUUUUGAUGUUUUGUAACAUAUUCAGUUAAAAUUAACUAUACUAAUUUGGUGCUUAUUACAUAUUUAGUAAAGAAAAUUAUGUAUGUUAAUUUUUCACGAAUUCUUUGUUAGUGGUAUCUCAAAAUAUUGGUAUAUAUCUGUUAAUAAUUAUUUUACGGUUCUGUCGCGAUGCAAAACUAUAUGUAUGUAUCAAAUAAUCAACAAUAUGUAUCAAAUUCCGCAUCCUAUCCGAGAUGAUUUGUGAUAAUUCCGAGUUUAUUUGUGUUAAGAAGAAACGAUAGAAACUUACAAACACAAGAGAUCGACACAAAUAAUAAUUCAAGCAGAUAACAAUACGUUAUUUUUGCAUCUUACGAUCUGCUGCAUACAAGAUAAUUUUUUAAGAUGUCUGAUCCAUGAUGACUUAUCUUGAAUGAUUGAAAAUAAAAAUUGUAUAUAUUUUUCUUUUUGUAGAUAAGUUUUUUUACGUUCUACUCUUUAAGGUAGAUAUAUGUAUUCUGUAAGAUAAUAUAUUAACCGUCCAUGAAAACCAAUAGAAUUUCAUGAACAAAAAAGCGGCAUUUGAUGCUACGAAACUACGAAUGUAAUUAUCAACAUCUUGUAAAUAAUAACUUUUCUAGCUGUGUGAAUUACUGAUCGAGUUCUUAGUACAUCUAUAAAAUAUAUGCGACACGUAACGUUCUAUGAGGAAGACUACAUUUAAAUUAUUAUUUUCUAAUGUAUGUGCGUCAACAGAGAAUUUUGUUACGUCGACAGAUGUACUGUGUGUGUCAAAAGUUGUAUGAAAGUUUGUAAGAGGGACGUAGGGAGAACUUUCCAAUGUCACAUCCGCCUUAAACGUCCUACUAUGUAAUAUAACAUCGAGUACAUUUUAGAAAUAAAAGACUUUGAAUCAA